CCUGAGCUGGGUUGUUUGGGUUACCAUUCUGUCUCCCACUCUGACUUCUCCACAUACACAGAGUCAACCUGGGUUGUCACCUCUCAGGCAAGUCACAAUGCAGGAACUCAACCGGUCCAGUGUGACAGAAUUUGUUCUGUUGGGCUUCACCCCCAACCCCAGGACCAACCCUCUGCUCUUCACCUUCUUUCUCACUUUUUACCUGCUAAUCCUCAUGAGCAACAGCCUCCUCAUCAUCCUCAUCUGCGAGGACUCCCGCCUCCACACACCCAUGUACUUUUUCAUCAGUGUCCUCUCCAUGCUGGACAUGUGCUACACGACCACUACUGUGCCCCAGAUGCUCAUGCACAUUCUCAGCAAGAAGAGGGCCAUCUCUUUUGCUAGAUGUGUGGCCCAGAUGUACAUCUUCCUCCUCUUUGGUGUCACGGAGUCCUGGCUUUUCUCCAUCAUGUCUGUGGACAGGUACGUGGCUAUUUGCCAUCCUCUCCGAUACAAGGUCAUCAUGAGCCGCUGGAUGUGUCUCCUCAUGGUGGGCAUCUGUGGAGUUUAUGGCGUGGUGGGUAGCCUGUGCUACACUUUCUUUGCGAUGCGCCUGCCCUACUGUGGCCCUAAUGAAAUUGACCACUACUUCUGUGAGGUCCCUGCCGUCCUGAAGCUGGCCUGUGCAGACACAUCCCUCAAUGACUUGGUGGACUUCAUCACGGGCUUCAAUGUCAUUGUGGUCCCACUGACCCUGGUUGUCAUUGUCUAUGCCAACAUCUUUGCCACCAUCAUGAAGAUCCGCUCAGCCCAGGGACAGAUCAAAGCCUUCUCCACCUGUGCCUCCCACAUCACCGUGGUCACCAUGUUCGCUAUCCCAUGCAUCAUCAUGUACAUGAGCCCUGGCUCUGACUCCUUGUCAAACAGUGGAAAGAAAAUGGCCCUUUUCUAUAACAUUGCCACAGCCUUCCUCAACCCUGUCAUCUAUAGUCUGAGGAACAAGGACGUAAAAAAGGCUUUCCUCAAAUUGAUGGGAUGGAGCAGGGCCCCAGAGUGAGGCUUUAAAGAUGAAAACCUGGGGUGCUGAACAAAGCAGGACUCAUACCCACAACCCCACCAACAACUCUUCCAUGAGACCUGGAAGACUGCACUCCAUAAAGCCACCCCUUCACCCCAGCCCCAGGGGAGGGAACUGGGUGCUCAGCCAACUGCAGUAUCUAUGGUGACAUGGUUUGGGACACAGGUGAUUGUGAAAGUAGAGCACACUGGUCAAGAGCCAGGACCUUAGUGCAGUGCCAGCCAGAGCAGGGUUAGAGACUUGACUUUAACAAUUAAGAGAUACAUGUAGUUUUGCAAGUCAUUUAACUAGUAUAAGGUUUAUAGCUCUUCCUCACGGCGAAGUUGUGAUGAUUAAAUGAGAUACUAUAUGAAAAGUGUUUAGUAUAAGACUAGCAAUAGCUUUCAACAGAUACUAGUUUUAACUUUUAAAUGUAUUUCUCAAGAUGAACUGUUGGCCUUGAAUUAGCCAUGAUCCUUUUUUGGGCUGUGGAAGUGACUGGAACCCUAGAGAGUAAAGACAAAACAAUUAAAAGAAUAAUAAAAAAAAUUAAAAAGCAGGGGGUAGAAGUAGUAGUAAAAACUCAAAAACCAAGAAGUGGAAAUCUUAGUGGGGAGAGACUCAAGGACAAGGAAGUGAACCCUUCUCUCUCCAUUCACAAAUUGUACACAUUGAAAUCAUCUUAAAGUACUGCUUUGUAGUCAUUUGCUUUUGUAUCUUCAAACAUCUUGAAUUUUUUCGCCUUGUUUCUAAUAAAGUCCAUUUUGGAAAACUACAACCUGUCAAGGAAGAGUGACUCUAUCCAGGGACACUUGGGUGACUCAGUGGUUGAGCGUCUGCCUUCAGCUCAGGUCCUGGGAUCAACCCCCCCCCUCCAUCGGGCUCCCCACAGGGAGCCUGCUUCUCC